AAGCAGCGAGGUGGCUGAGUGGUUGGCGGCGAGAAAAUGGCGGCUGGGCCGAUAUCUGAACGGAACCAGGAUGCCACAGUGUAUGUCGGAGGCCUGGAUGAAAAGGUGUCUGAGCCUCUUCUAUGGGAGCUCUUCUUGCAAGCAGGGCCUGUAGUGAAUACACACAUGCCCAAAGACAGGGUCACGGGGCAGCAUCAAGGUUAUGGCUUUGUGGAAUUUCUGAGUGAGGAGGAUGCCGACUACGCCAUAAAGAUUAUGAACAUGAUAAAGCUCUAUGGGAAACCCAUUAGAGUAAAUAAAGCCUCGGCGCACAACAAAAACCUGGAUGUCGGCGCCAACAUCUUCAUUGGAAACUUGGACCCAGAGAUUGAUGAGAAGUUGCUUUAUGACACCUUCAGCGCUUUUGGUGUAAUCUUGCAGACCCCCAAGAUCAUGAGAGACCCAGACACCGGCAACUCCAAAGGUUAUGCCUUCAUCAACUUUGCCAGUUUUGAUGCUUCGGACGCAGCCAUUGAGGCCAUGAACGGACAGUACCUGUGCAACAGGCCCAUCACCGUCUCCUAUGCUUUCAAGAAGGACUCCAAAGGAGAGCGGCAUGGGUCGGCCGCAGAGAGACUGCUGGCUGCCCAAAACCCACUUUCACAGGCUGACCGGCCUCACCAGCUUUUCGCCGAUGCCCCUCCACCUCCGUCUGUACCAGCUGUCAUUACAUCAUUAACAAGUGCAGUUGCUGCAGGCAUGCCCACAUUUCCUCCUGUCCCUCCACCUGGUGCAAUGCCGCCGGGUAUCCCACCCUCAAUGCCGCCUCCUCCAAUGUCUCCUGUCACAGGCGCCGGGCAAGCAGCUGCAGCUGCUCCUCAAGUCCCACUUCCUUUUCAGUCUGCAGCUAUGCAUCCAGGUAUGCAGAUGCAGAUGCCUCACCCCUCUAUCCCAGGAGCAUCGCCGCUUGGAACACGUCCACCUGGAAUGGGACCACCAGGACCCCCUCCUAUGGGAAUGCCACCAAGAGCGCCACCGUUUGGAGCCAUGGGUCACCCAGGCAUGCCUCCAGGUAUGAGGCCACCACCCCUGAUGCCACCAUACAACGGGCCACCUCGACCCCCACCAUAUGGUUACCAACGUGCCCCAGUACCCUUACCCCGACCGGCCCCACGCCCACCAGCACCACCUCGACCUCCAAUGAGGCUCCCUAUGUCACAAUGAAUAGAAGAAAUGGACUCCCCUUCAGCCUGUGUAACAUGUUAUCCCUACAGACCAUCAGAACUUGUCAGCAUUUAAGCCCAGUUCAUUUCCAUUUCAGAUAUAGCGGCCCCCCAUCAGUUUGUUAUUAAUUCACAUGUACAGGUGUACAGAAUUGUUUUUGUAACAAAGCCCUCUGGGAAUAUCCCCAUAGGCUCCUGUUGUCAUUUUACAUUCCAUGGCUGGAAUAAAUAUCAGUGCAGUUUUUAUGUUAUUGCCAUGUAGGUAUGUGAAUUGCAUUGCUUCAAUAAAUGGAAAACUCCAUAGACAUUU